AUGCAAAUUUGUGGCCUAGGCUGCAUAAUCAGGAAUGCUAAGGGCCACUGGAUUGUGGGCUAUAACAAGUCUGCACAUGCAAACGGUUGUCUACAAGCUGAGAUCAAAGCCCUACUAGAAGGACUAAAAACAGCCCUUGAUUGGGGGUUGUUUCCACUACAAAUUAAAACAGAUUCCAUGGAGGUAAUCCUGUCAAUCCAACAAGGUAAUAAUCUGUAUGCUAACACUAUCAAUAAAUGCAGGUUGUUAAUGCACCAACAGAAGCAGGUCAUCCUCCAGCACGAGUUCCGGCAAGGGAAUAAGAUAGCUCACCAGCUGGCACAGAUGGGAAUUGCUAAUGCCAGGAAGAAAAAGAGAAUUUUUGUUGAUCCUCCAGCAGAUGUUAAAAUCCUGGUAGAACAUGUGUGCUAG